AUGGAACUCAUGCUUGCCGGAUUGGUACGUGAGAGCUACGCUGAAAUUGAAUCCGAAAUUUGCAACGUUUACUUCGACAUUUCUCCCUCUUGUCAUGAGGGUUUCUUGAGUUCUCUGCUCAGCGUGGCACCCCUUGAUCAUAUCCUCUUCGGCAAGGACUUGCCCUAUGCACCCAAGACGGGAGUCCUGUAUGGCCGGGAAGAGUACGCGGAGGGGAACCUCAGCCAGAAAACAUGGGAUAUUGUGAAUCACAACAAUGCGAAGAUACUGCCUAUGUUCAGGGACGCGCCGUAA